UUUAUCCAAAAAAAAGAAAAAACCGUAGGGAGGUUCGGGACGAGUAGAACCUGAAACGAAAGUCGGUGGAGUCGCCGCCAUUUGUCUUCUUCUUUAAAACUACAGAUUGAAACCCCUGCAAAAAAACUCCGACGAAACACUACUCUCGCAGGCCUCUUCUUCCACAGGUGCCCUCAUUGCUCGGCGGGUUCGAUUUUAGAGUUUGUUCGGGUGAUUAUCAUGGAGAAACGAGGUCACGCUGAACCUAUUGACCUGGACAAGACAACGGCGACGUUGGAACCUGAGGCGAAUAGCGAUGCGGGAUUAUUUGUACCUGGGAAGGAUAGAGUUGUUUUUAGACCUCCAGAGAGGAAAUCUCUCCUGGGGUUAGAUGUCCUUGCUAUUGCCAAACGGGAAGGGUCUAAGGUUAACGGUGGAUUCAAGACCCCAAGAGAAAGAGGUGCUAAUGUUGUCUCAUCAAUGGAGGAAGACGAAAAAUCAGAGUCUGUAAUUUCAGAUGAAAAAGGUACUGAUGAACCCACUGCUAUACGAAGUCACUCUCGGAGGCGAUAUCGGGAAAUAUCUGGGAGUGAGACACCACGCACAGAAAGUACUGUAACAGAAGAAGGAAAAAUUGAUGAUAUGCACGAGAAUCGCUACUCUAGGGAACAUCUGCGUGGAGAUGUUUCGUCUCCUAGUGGAAGUUCCCACAGUGUCAGGUCUCGGACCCCUAAGUAUGACAGGGAUGAUCGUGGAAAUGAGAGAAGAGAUUACAAGGGUAGAUACGACAGGGAUGACCGUGGUAGUGAGAGAAGAGAGUAUCAGGAUGGUAGUAGGAGUGAAAGACAAAGAUACAGUAGUAAUGGUAACGAUUAUAAUCGUCGAAGGGAAGGUAGCCGAUAUGAACAAGAAUAUAGUGGAGAAUAUGGAAGAAAGCGGAGUAGAUAUGAAGAUUCAAAGAGGACACCUGGCAGAUCUGACUGGGAUGAUGGGAGAUGGGAAUGGGAGGAGUCACCACGACGUGAUAACUACCCUAAUACCAGUAGGCGACAUCAACCAUCACCGGCACCUAUGCUGCUUGGUGCCUCACCUGAUGCACGACUAGUUUCCCCAUGGUUAGGUGGCCAUACACCUGGUUCUGCUGCUUCUCCUUGGGAUCAUGUCUCUCCCUCUCCAGCUCCAAUACGUGCUUCUGGAUACUCAGUCAAAUCUUCAAGUUCGAAAUAUGGUGCGAGGUCCCAUCAACUUCCUUUUUCUUCAGAAAGUUCACAAUCAUUCAAGGAUGGGGAAGAAGAUAAUUUGGCCGAAGAACACACAUACGAGAUUACUGAAAGCAUGCGUCAAGAGAUGGAAUACAAUUCUGAUCGUGCAUGGUAUGAUAGAGAAGAAGGAAACACAAUGUUUGAUACGACUGAUGACUCGUCCUUGUUUUAUGCAAACGAUGCUUCUUUUCAAAAGAAGGAAGCAGAGUUGGCGAAAAGGCUGGUCCGAAAAGAUGGAACUAAGAUGUCUCUUGCUCAGAGCAAAAAGUUGUCUCAACUCACUGCUGAUAAUGCUCAGUGGGAGGAUCGUCAACUUUUAAGAUCUGGUGCUGUUAGAGGUACCGAGGUGCAGACUGAGUUUGAUGAUGAAGAAGAACGGAGAGUCAUUCUUCUUGUCCAUGAUACAAAGCCUCCUUUCCUGGAUGGCAGGGUUGUUUUUACCAAACAAGCAGAGCCCAUAAUGCCUAUAAAGGAUCCCACAUCGGAUAUGGCCAUAAUUUCACGCAAAGGGUCUGCUCUGGUUAGGGAAAUCCAUGAGAAGCAAAGUCAGAACAAAUCACGUCAACGUUUCUGGGAGCUUGCAGGUUCCAAACUGGGUGAUAUCCUUGGUGUUGAAAAAACGGCGGAGCAGAUUGAUGCGGAUACUGCUGCAGUAGGUGAAGAUGGUGAAAUUGAUUUCAAAGAAGAUGCGAAGUUUGCACAACAUAUGAAGAGCGGGGAGGCUGUGAGUGAUUUUGCAUUGUCAAAAACACUCUCACAGCAACGACAAUAUUUGCCCAUAUUUUCUGUGCGGGAUGAGUUAUUGCAGGUAAUUCGAGAAAAUCAGGUUAUUGUUGUUGUUGGAGAAACUGGUUCUGGAAAGACAACUCAAUUGACACAGUAUCUUUAUGAAGAUGGAUACACAGUAAAUGGUAUAGUGGGUUGCACCCAACCAAGGCGUGUAGCAGCCAUGAGUGUUGCAAAAAGAGUAAGUGAAGAGAUGGAGACUGAGCUUGGUGAUAAAGUUGGCUAUGCUAUUCGUUUUGAGGAUGUGACUGGGCCAAAUACCAUAAUAAAGUACAUGACUGAUGGAGUACUUCUGCGCGAAACACUCAGAGAUUCUGAUCUUGACAAAUACCGUGUAGUUGUCAUGGACGAAGCCCAUGAAAGGUCACUAAACACAGAUGUGCUGUUUGGAAUUUUGAAAAAAGUGGUGGCCCAACGUCGUGAUUUUAAGCUCAUUGUGACAUCUGCAACUCUAAAUGCUCAGAAAUUUUCAAAUUUCUUUGGGAGUGUACCAAUUUUUCACAUUCCUGGGAGAACGUUUCCUGUAAAUAUCUUGUUCAGCAAAACCCCUUGUGAAGAUUAUGUUGAAGGUGCAGUGAAGCAGGCCAUGACAAUUCACAUCACGAGCCCUCCCGGUGAUAUCCUCAUCUUCAUGACAGGCCAAGAUGAGAUUGAGGCAGCUUGUUAUGCGCUUGCCGAGCGGAUGGAACAACUUAUCUCGUCCUCCAAAAAAGCAGUUCCAAAACUCUUGAUACUCCCUAUAUAUUCACAGUUGCCUGCUGAUUUGCAAGCAAAGAUAUUUCAAAAAGCUGAGGAUGGAGCUCGUAAAUGCAUUGUAGCAACCAACAUUGCUGAGACUUCUUUGACUGUGGAUGGAAUAUAUUACGUGAUCGAUACGGGCUAUGGUAAGAUGAAGGUAUACAAUCCUCGAAUGGGUAUGGAUGCUCUUCAAGUGUUUCCUGUUAGUCGUGCAGCUGCUGACCAGCGUGCUGGGCGUGCUGAGACUGGGCCUGGGACAUGUUAUCGGCUGUACACGGAGAAUGCAUAUCUAAAUGAAUUGCUGCCUAGUCCUGUGCCAGAGAUUCAGAGGACUAACCUUGGUAAUGUGGUGUUGUUGCUCAAGAGUCUUAAGGUUGAGAACUUGUUAGACUUUGAUUUCAUGGACCCACCUCCACAGGACAAUAUUCUCAACUCUAUGUACCAAUUGUGGGUCUUAGGUGCUCUGAACAAUGUCGGAGGCUUAACUGAACUAGGCUGGAAGAUGGUGGAGUUCCCAUUGGACCCCCCGCUUGCUAAGAUGUUAUUGAUGGGCGAUCAGCUUGGAUGCCUGGAUGAGGUUCUGACAAUUGUGUCUAUGCUUUCGGUGCCAUCAGUGUUCUUUAGGCCUAAAGAUAGGGCAGAGGAGAGCGAUGCUGCAAGGGAGAAGUUCUCUGUUCCAGAAUCUGACCACUUGACGCUGUAUAAUGUGUACCAGCAGUGGAAACAACAUCAGUAUCGGGGGGACUGGUGUGGAGAUCAUUUUUUGCAUGUUAAAGGCUUACGAAAGGCUAGAGAGGUGAGGUCCCAACUGCUGGAGAUCCUGAAGACGCUAAAAAUUCCUCUAACAUCCUGUUGGCCCGAUACUGAUCUUGUGAGAAAAGCUAUAUGCUCCUCGUACUUCCACAAUUCUGCAAGAUUGAAGGGAGUUGGGGAGUAUGUGAACUGCAGGACCGGGAUGCCAUGCCAUUUACAUCCGAGCAGUGCUCUUUACGGUAUGGGGUGCACUCCAGAUUAUGUGGUUUAUCAUGAACUGAUUUUGACGGCAAAGGAGUACAUGCAGUGCGCCACAGCGGUGGAGCCGCAGUGGUUGGCCGAGUUGGGGCCCAUGUUCUUUUCUGUGAAGGAUUCAGAUACAUCGCUGGAGCAUAAGAAGAGACAAAAGGAGGAGAAAACAGCGAUGGAGGAGGAAAUGGAGAACCUGAGGAAAACUCAAGCGGAGGAAGAGAAAGAAAGCAAGCGGAAGGAGAGGGAAAAGAGAUCAAAGCAGCAGCAGCAAGUCUCGAUGCCAGGUUUGCACAAGGGAUCUUCUACAUAUUUGAGGCCAAAGAAACUUGGCUUGUAAAUGCCAAUUGUAUAUAGUAUUUUUACUCGAUUCAGUCCUAGUUUUGUGGUCGAUCGUUAACAUGUUAACACAAACCACUAAAUCGAUUUGUGCUGUAACUCGCCAUGGAUUCAGAACAAUCCAUAAGACCUGCGAACAAUGUGUUACGCUCCGAUCCACUCGAGAUUUAUAAUACGACUUUAAAACUUUGAUUUCUAA